UGAUGUCACGAGUCCGAAGUCGACGGCGUCUCUCAUUUAGCCGUGGGACAGCAUGAUGGGGACUUUUUUGAAAAAAUAUGGCAUGACAGCUUCCCUGCCAAUGUACCUGUUAUUUUCGUUGCUCAUAAGCUUGUACGCGUAUUCGGUUUUCAUACAGCCCCGGAAGGCCGCAGCUGCUCUGUCUACUACCCCUUUACCAGGCCAAGAGUUAAUAGCUGAACUAGGAAAUUAUGUUCGUAAUUUACAUGCCAACAUAACCGAUGACCCGUAUAACUACGUUGGCUUGGGUGAGGUGCGGCGACUUAGCAACGCGCAACAAGGUGUUCAUAUGAGUGGGUACUUUGAUAAAUCCCCUUGGUCAGGAGAUGGCUCCAAAAUGCUUUUCCAGCGGGUUACAACUUAUGACAGCGAAAUGUCUGAGCUCAAUCCGUUGCAAAUCGGGUUUGUAGACUUUGGCAGCCCGCGGGGAUCUCGGCUGGAGUUCCUGGUUAACACAACGGCGUGGAAUCAUCAGCAAGGGACUAUGUUGCAAUGGCUUGGCUGGUCGAAUUCCAUGAUCAUUUACAAUGACCGCGUCGCAUCCAAUAAGUUCGUUGGUAUAGUGUACGACAUCAUGCAGCGCAAGCAAGUGGCUACAUUGCCGAUGCCUUUCUAUAGCAUCAACUUCAAUGGUACAGUCGCCGUUUCCUUGAACUUCGGAAGACUUUAUGUUGCCCGACGGGACUAUGGGUACGCUGUAGACUCUGCUACACAAGUUGAGCAGAGGCACAACACUUGCCCCGAUAAUGAUGGCGUCUGGCUCAUGGAGGGCAUCCAGGACCCUGCUAACGUGAAGCCGCGACUGCUCGUGAGCAUACGCCAAGUGUUUGACAUUGUGGCAAGGUUGGACCUUGUGGACCCCUUUACACAGCAAAAAUAUGCCAGCAGCUUCACAGGUUUGGACACCAACGCGAUUCAGACGGAGUGCAUCCAUUGGAUAAACCACGCUCAGUUGAACCGCGAGGGCACGAAGGUUAUGUUCCUGUAUCGCGUGGCACACUGCAAAUACAUUCGUGGCUUCAAGACGUUUGUCUUCACCGUGGAUAUCGCCACCGGGGAGCUCUGGCGUGUCCCUCUUGCAUAUGGUUCCCAUCACGACUUUGGCUGGGAUGACAACCUCAUUUCUUGUGACAGCUCUGGAUACUAUUACGCCAAGUUUAAGAAGUUUGCUGUGAGGCUGGGGCGGCCAGUGGAAGUGUCUCGUGGAGGUGAUGGCCAUUGUACCUUCGCGCCAACAUCCACCCACUUCAUCCUGUCGGACACCUACCCCCGUCAGGCAGUACCCGGAUUCACAGGUCCAAUCCGCACCCUGUUCACCUGGGACCUCGCCUGUACCCGCUCUCAGAUGAAUCUGCCUUCAGCCAACCAGUGGUCUCGUGACGGUCGCUAUGUGUGCUUCGACUCCACACAUGAAGGUCUGGGGCGGCAGGUGUACAUCGCCAAGGUCUAUGACAAGGCGUUAGUGCGUCCUGGUGUGGAUGUGGUGGCAAGGCCCCCGCGCAAGUUCUUCAUGGACCUGGGAGCACGCACAGGGGACUCUAUCGAAAAGAUGCUGAUCAAGGCUGAGACCGAUUACAGCGACUAUGUCAUCCACGCCUUUGAAUGCAAUCCAGAGAAUAUGCCGCUCGUUCGCUCAGGCCUUGACCGCCUGACAACCCAAUACAAGCUGCACCCUGAGAAUGUGGUGCUGGUGGAGGCUGCAGCUUGGAUUGAAAAAGGAACCUUGUCAUUCCACAUGGACAGCCGAAAUGUAGGUGCUGAUGGCAAGCCAGGCAAGACUGGCGGCUCAGUGUUCGAUUCACCUCAUGCACUUGGAGAUCUGGUUACGGUGCCAUCUGUGGAUUUCAGCGACUACUUGGAGUCUGCAGUCACAUAUGUGGACCAUGUGGUCUGCAAAAUAGAUAUUGAAGGAGCUGAGUAUGAGCUGCUAAGCCACAUGAUUCGCCGGGGUAGCAUCAUUCUUUGUGAUGUUGUCAUGAUUGAAUGGCACAGUCGCUUCAGGAAAGAGUGGAGGGGCUGGGAUGCGGAGCUUGAGUCCAUGAUGAGGCAGCUGCACAUACAUGUUGUCACAAUCGGCUGAGCUGAUUGUUUGCCUGGCUAAUAACUCUGGUUGUGUGAGGCUUGAGCUGCUGUACAUAGUGUGACGACAGGGGGUAAUACCCGGUGAGCCCCUGGUACACUAAUCUGUUCACCUUAGCCGGCUUCUUUGGAUCCUGUUUGUUGACACUAACAUUCCGGAUGAGUCGCGAAUAGCGGAGAAAUCCCAAUCGAACUCGGAGCUAGCUGGAUCUCCCCGAAAUGCGUUGAGGCGCAGCAGUAACGAUGAGCUAUC